UCAUGGCUCGUUAUCGGCCCAUUCAAACAUUCUUGUCAGACUUUCUCCUUCCGAAGCGGAAAUUUUCCCUUUUUUGCCCCAAAAAACCCCAAAAGUUGCCUGAUCAUCCACUGCUACAGGUGAAAAAGUUCUCCAGCGUCAUGACGGAAGUUGAUGGAAAUACAAUCCUUGCGGAAUCCCUGAAGAAACAGGGCAUUGAGUAUGUCUUUGGGAUAAUUGGGAUUCCCGUGAUAGAGCUGUCGAUGGCCAUGCAGGCGGCUGGACUGAAGUUCAUUGGGAUGCGAAAUGAGCAGUCUGCUUGCUAUGCUGCCCAGGCCAUUGGGUACUUGACUGGUAAGCCUGGGGUGUGUUUAGUUGUUUCGGGUCCGGGAUUGCUGCACUGCACUGGUGGCAUGGCCAAUGCCCAGAUAAAUUGCUGGCCAUUGGUGGUUAUUGCUGGGUCGACUUCUGUGGACCACGAAGGGAUUGGGGGAUUCCAGGAGUGUCCACAGAUUGAACUGAGUCGUCCGUACUGCAAGUACGCAGCCAGGCCACACAGUGCAAGUCUCAUUGGGCAGCAUGUGGAGAAGGCUGUUCGAUUGGCCAGUUAUGGGCGUCCGGGGGUGUCUUACCUUGAUUUCCCGGGGAAUAUUCUUCAGGCUAAAGUUGAUGCAUCAGCUGUGGAUUAUUAUGUCCAUCCAGCUCCACCUUUGAGCUACCCAGAGCCCAAGAGUAUCCAAGAGGCGGCUAAUCUUCUGGCUCUGGCCAAGCGUCCUCUUGUGAUCAUUGGGAAGGGUGCUGCUUAUGCCAGGGCCGAAGGGGCAAUCCGGAAGCUCAUUCAGAAUUCCAAUUUGCCAUUCCUGGCCACGCCAAUGGGGAAGGGAGUUGUUCCGGACACUGCUCCUCAGUGUGUGGCUUCUGCCAGGACUCUGGCACUCCAGAAGGCUGAUGUUAUCCUUCUCCUGGGCGCUCGUCUCAACUGGAUCUUGCACUUUGGGAGACCUCCUCGCUUUGCGGGCGAUGUGAAGGUCAUUCAGGUGGAUUUGUGCCCUGAAGAGAUGCACAACAGCAUCCUCAGCAGGGUAGCUGUCCAGUCGGAUAUCCUGCCCUUUGCUGAGGGGCUUUUUAUGAAGCUGGCCCAGAAGCGCUUCAUCUUCAACGGGGAGAAGGAUUGGUGGAAGGAACUCAAGGGACAGUGCAUGAAAAAUCAAAAGACUGUGUCCCAGAUGGCUCUGGACACUAGUACUCCUCUCAAUUACUACGCAGUCUUCCAUCAUCUGCAGCAAAUCAUUCCCAAGGAUGCCAUAAUUGUCAGCGAAGGGGCAAAUACCAUGGACAUCGGAAGGUCCAUGCUUCACAAUUCCCUGGCCAGGCAUCGUCUCGAUGCUGGAACUUUUGGGACGAUGGGAGUAGGCCCUGGAUUCGCCAUUGCAGCUGCUUUGUUCUGCCGGGAUUACUUCCCCGGGAAAAAGGUGAUUUGCGUCGAGGGGGAUUCGGCUUUUGGGUUCUCCGGAAUGGAAAUUGAGACAAUGGUUCGCUACAGACUUCCCAUUGUCAUUGUUGUGGUCAACAAUGGAGGCAUUUACGGAGGAUUUGACCAGGAAAGCUACGACACAAUCCGCAGCGAUGGAGACUUGACUCAAGUAACUCCCCCGUCAGCCCUCACAGUCGAAACCCGGUACGAGAACAUGAUGGCACUGUUCAAUCAAAAGGGCUACUUUGUCCGGGAGAUUCCUGAACUCCAGAAAGCCGUUCAGGAAUCCCUCACACUGACUGACAGACCAACAAUUAUCAACGUGAUCAUCAGCCCAAGUGCCGUGAGGAAGCAACAAACCUUCGGUUGGCUCACAGAAUCCAAGCUCUGAGCCUUCCGGAAGCAACUUCCGGAAACAUUUUCAACUGGUAUGUGGUGCAAUUUAUUUUCAACAUUUUUUUUUAGGUUGCUGGAACAAGGGACACUGGGAAUAAAAUCCCCGGAGGAAAAGAUUUUUUUUUGUAUUUAUAAAUUUAUUGACUAUUAAUCCGGAUAAAUCACUUGGGCUGUGGGUAGUUCCUCAGGUA